AUGCGCAAUCACGAGGAUUACCGGGAGAGGAUAAAGUUAUUCAGGGAGAACUUGGGAAACCUGAGACUGAUGGAAUACCUUGUCGCGAGAUCAGUGAAGACACUCUUCAAUGCUUUCUGGAGUAUACCAAGGGUUAAUCCAUAUGAUCUCAACAAACCGGACAUUCUGCACAAUAUCUAUCUAGGGAUGUUGAAGCACAUGAUGGAGUGGAUUCAGGCUUUCUUCAAGAAGCACGAUCGAUUGGAGGAAUUUGACAAGACUGGGGCCUUGAUUGCGCCUUACACUGGAGUGAUAGGACCGAACAAGGCAUAUUGUGCUACAACCCAAUGGCAAGGCAAGGAGAUGAGAAAUCUGGAGUAG